GUCUGGCAGUAGAGAUCAUGCGCGGUCGCCAUAUUACGGAGCACCCCUCCCCUCUAGUCUCGUCACACAGCCACAGCAGCGGUGCAGGAGGCUACAUAACGUUACUGAACAACGCUACCGUUGGGGAGGAUCAGUGAUACAGCAAAACGAGGAUUCAGUUGAAUGGAUUAAACCUUUGUUUUCCGCUAUUAAGAGAUCGUAUUCGCUCUAACGUCAUUGAACACCGGAUGAAAGGUUGCUUGUUUUCAUUUUCUUUUGUUUGAACAAAGUCGGCGUAUAAAAAGACACUAUAUAGUCUGUGUUUAGCUAGCCGGUGAUGGAGACUGGCAACUAGCUAGCGGACGUUAGCGACUUCUCUGUCAGGCUAGCCUUUAAUAAAAAGCUAACUUACUCCACAGCUAUUCUUGCUUGUUAGUGCGUGCGUUAAGUACAGCAUAGCUCCUCAUUACAAAUCCUAUAAAAUGUUAUCUUGUGCUUAACAAAGGCACAAACGGAUAACACUGGUAGUUGGCAGGCGAAUUACAGCUGACGUUGGCUAGCUAGCUACUCAGCAAGCGGCCAGUAGCUUUUUUCGCCUCACUAACUGUCACUGGAGAGCAACGAAUCGUGUACGAGAGGCUGUAAAUAUUGGCACAACUUUACCAGAUAUUUCAGAACAGCCAUCCAGCACCUGAUUCAAAAUUUUGGUUUUGAUCGUGUUGUUAGCCGUAGUUUUGUCAAAACGGCGCCGUUAACGAACUGCAACCUUAUUGCAUACUGUCAGAGAACAACUACCCCCCGGAUUCUUUCGAAAUGCAUCAUCCGGACCCUGCAGGAGACUCUGGCAGUGUUAGAAAGAUGGCGCACCCGGCUGUCUUUCACAGAAGGGGUAGCAACACAGGCAGCGGGAGCGGCUCCGCGCUGUCAACACCGGCAAACCCGGUGGUCAGUAACAGCCACGUCUCAGCCGAUGAUUAUCAACCCUCCCUGUUGAUUCAGUGCCAACCUCCUGCUGGUUCAUCCUCCCCGGGCCCCCAUCAUCCUCCUCCCCACAGCCUGACUCUGCAUUCCCAGCUGCAACCUACACAGUCGGCCGGAGCUCAGAUGAAAAAGAAGAGUGGUUUUCAGAUCACAAGUGUGACUCCAGCACAAAUAUCUGUGAGUACCAACAACAGUAUUGCAGAGGACACAGAAAGCUAUGACGAUCUGGAUGAGUCCCACACUGAGGAUCUGUCUUCUUCUGAAAUCCUGGAUGUGUCCCUCUCCCGAGCUAAUGACAUAAUCGGAGCAGACAGAAGCUCUUCAGAGGAGACACUGAGUAAUUUUCAUGAGGUAGAGAGCCCUGGAGCUGUCUCCCCCAACCAACCUUCACACCCCCAUGCCCUGAACCAGGCUCAGCAGCAUGAUGGGGCCAUGGUUAAUGGGACAGUACACCAUCCCAGCCAUGGCCAUGUAUACUCUCCAUCCUGUGCACCUGGGACUACUCCAUCUGCCCUCACUUCUGGAGCUUUAUCUUGUGUCACUCAGAAAAUGCCUUCUAACAUGGGGGCCCCUCAAGAGAAUGUUUCCCAGACUGCCCCUUCAAGUAUUGUUGGUCAGCCUGCAGGAAUUGUAGCCAUAGGAUCUGUCCCUGAAAUGCACAUUUCUGCUACAGGCACUGCAGUUAGCAUAGUUAAAUCCCAGACUAGCAGUGUUAGUAAUGUGAAUAAGAUGAGCUCUGCCAAUGUCCCUGCGAGAGGGGGGAUCAACACAACUGCUAGCAGUAGCAGUGGUGGCUUUCCUCUUAAUGUCAUAAGCAGCAGUGGAGGGAGCGGAGGUGGUUGUGCCGUUGCAGUUGGGACUAUCCUUAUGACCACCACUAAUGUCAGCACAAUCCAACAACGCCAGAUCAUCAACUCCAACAUCACCAUGGCUACAACUACUGCUGCCGCCACCAGUGCCUCUGGGGGCAUGACACCCUCCAGUGGGAUCCAGGGACGAGUUGGGUUUGCUGUGCAACAGCCUGUGAGUGCCCCUGUCACAGCCGUGGCCACUGCACCUGUAUCAUCUACUCUUGCCCAACCUGCAGCUACCACCAGUUCUCGCUUUAGGGUGGUGAAGCUGGACUCUAGCUCUGAGCCCUUCAAAAAGGGCAGAUGGACAUGCGCUGAUUACUAUGACAAGGAGACGCCGGCCUCUGCUCCCAGUUCUUCUGCAUGUGAUACUGGAUCUUUCAGUAUGCGUCAGUUUGUCUCUGAGAGCUUUGCAGGCACCUGCGAGAGGGAAAGUGCAAGUGGUAGUUCUGUAAGUAGCACUAUGAGUACACUGAGCCAUUAUACUGAGAGUGUGUGUAGUGGAGAGGCUGGGGGCCCCCUAGUACCCCAGCAUGCCCAGGAUUAUGUUUCCCCUCCUCAGGGCUUUCAAGGAAUUCUCCCCAGUGGUUUAAGCAUGGGAGUAUCCCAAACCCAACAGCACAUACACACCAAGGAUAUUACCCAUUCACAUGUGAAGACUACAGUGGCCCCCUCUGCUUCUGCAAACAUUCAUCAGCCUUCUCCUAUACCAGGCCACCAGACUGCUACUGGACUUCCUGCAUCUGUUGUAUCUCAGCAGCAGCUCACCUAUGCCCAGGCAGUUGCUAAUCAACCCCCAGUCUCCACACAGGGUCUAGUGGGAGUUCAGCAGCAGAAGAUGGGCUAUGCCUCUCUGCCACAACAGCCAGCUGCUGUUCCCCAAGCAGCCCCAGUGCAGGUGAGGCCACCUACUCAGCCACACCAAGGUAUUCCCCAGGCUGCUGCUUCUCAGCCUGCAUCCAACCAAGGUGGUUUGGCUCCCUCUGGACCAGCUAGUGGAGCAUGUCAAAUGAUGGGAGGCUCUCAGCAGUCACAGGCACUCCUCCACACGCAGCCACAGCAGCCUUCCUCUGUUCAGGCCACCACCUCAAGUAUGCCCUCUCAUGUUGGAGUAGCAGGCUUUGGCCAGCAGCCUCAGGGCCAACCUGGCCAUCUGGACUGCCAGCAGAAGAAGCCACAGUCACUAUCAACACAAAUACAGAGCACAGGCCUGGGCACCCAGCUGCCCACCACAGCUCACCAGAGCCAAGUUUCUGCACCAAGUGUGCCUCCACCCAACCUUCUGAACGAUCCCCAGGCCCAGCCACUAGCCCCCAACGCUGGGAAUAGUGGCCGUAUGCCCCCACAAGCUGUUCCCCAAAGCCAGCCCACGUCUGUCAGCUUGUCCCAGGACCACAACAGUGCCCAGGCCCUUGCUCAUGCUGCCCAGGCCAGUGCCCUUUAUGCUAGUCUGCCCAGCUUCACCACCACUCAGCUGCAGGAUGCCCAGCGACUACUCCUUCAGCACCAGUCAGCCCUGUUAGGGCUGCCCAAGUUGACCGGAGGGGAGGCUGGAUCUGGAUCUACCACUGGCCAGGGUCAGGAAUCUGAGGGCAAUGUCACCACCGCUAGUGCCUUAACUGCAUCAGCUGGUCUUAAAACUGUCGAUGGAGAGGAGGAUGGUUCGUCGGGAGCCAGUGUUGUGGCCAUAGACAACAAGAUUGAACAAGCAAUGGACCUGGUGAAGAGUCACCUGAUGUAUGCUGUGCGUGAGGAGGUGGAGGUCCUUAAGGAGCAGAUCAAGGAGCUGAUUGAGCGCAACUCCCAGUUGGAGCAGGAGAACACCUUGCUGAAGACGUUGGCCAGCCCAGAGCAGAUGGCCCAGUUCCAAGCCCAGGUUCAGACUGGCUCCCCCCCCCCACCUGCAACAGCACACACACCAAGACCCCCAAGUGCCCUCGCUCAGCCCGCCUCGCACAGCUCUGGCCCCUCAGCAUAGCCUGGCCUGCACACACAGACAGACUGACAGUGUUUGAGUUCUGCUGCAGCUGUAGAGCCAAACCUCGCCUUCUACAGCAGGAGGUUACGCUGUUAAGACAAGAAUUUGCACAUAUUUAUCUCUCCCAGCGGGACAAGCAGCGCUGUGCUCUGCGGCACAGGUUGGUUUCAGAGGAUGAACCAUUGAACAUUUGCCAAAUAACCCUUGGACAUAUCAACUAGAAUGUCUUAUCAAGAAAAAACAAAACAGCUUUUCAGUGGCGACAUCAUACUUAACUAUAGAUUAAAAAAGAAAUCACUGUGCCUGUGUCUGGAUUUCACGUGAUGUCGAUUAUAAUGAUGGAGGUAGAGGAUUGCAUUGGUUGUUACCAUUUUUGCUGAAUGAUGUAAAUAAAAGUGGUUCUCUCAGAGAGAGAGAAGGAGCCUUGUCAGACUGACCCAUGAAGAAUGUGAGCAAUUAUUAGCAUGACAAUGUCCCCAUCUGGAAUGGGGGAGUCGGGUGAAGGAACGGGGGUGCGGGGGGAUGUAUUUUGAACACUUGGCAGCACUGAUGUUACUUCAGCUGUGGGUUGAUGGGAUGAACAAACAGUGGUUUCUUAUGGAGAUGAUUAUUCUAUUUUCAGAAUUUCACUUUCAAGCUUCAGACUUGACAAAGCUCAUUGUUGCUGUUUCCUCAACCCUGCGAUGUCAUGUGAUUUAAACCUUAUUUGACAGGGUGGAGACAUUGGGCUAAGCUGCAUUUUCUUUAUUCCUAAAUGUUUGAUCGGCAGAUGAUGAUGUAUAUUUCUGUAUAGUGUAAGUACCAUGUAAAAUAGUGAGGAGGAGGUGAAAAACAAUAAGAUGCUAUCUAGGUCACACAGAUUGAAGCGGGUGAGCGAGGAUCAUGCUAGUAUUGCCCGGUCUGUGUCGUCUAUUUUUAAUGCUGUAUUUUCAGGAUUGUGGAUCAAGAUGAGUUUAGGUUAUUUAACUGACAACAUGCAGCCAACAGUGCUGUGCACCUCCCUUUCUGCAACUUUACCCGACUCAAACCAUUUUCACUUGGCUUUUUUUUUUCUUUCUGGAGUAUUGCACCUUUAUGAGUAUAUUAAGUUUUGACAGUGAAUUACUUCUGGAUGAACAAUAUCAUAAAACAACAUUUAAAAAAACAAAAACAAACUGGUGAUAUUUUUUCCGUUUUCAUUCUGUGUAUUAGUUGUAUGCUCCUGUUCUGUGCAUGUUUCCGCUAAGACUGGAUGAGAUAUUGUAACACACAUAUCACAGCUGCACUUCACAACUUUCAAUAAACAUGCUUAAGGAA